GGCAGCUGGUGGGAAAGGCGCCAGGGACAGGGAGGUGGACAGCCAAGGGGAACUCAUUGCUGUGGAAUCAAUUCAGAGUAGAUUUCAGACUAGAACUGCAAUCCGUGGGGUCUUUAUGGCUGUGGCCUUUCAGAAUCAGAUCAUCUGGACUUUCUUUUGAGGCAUCUCUGUGGGUUUGAAUGAGCAACGUGAGGACAAACUUUCAAAGGAAGUCACUAUAGCAGGACACAGGGAAGAGUGUGCAGAAGAGCUUUAGGGUCAGGAGUCAGAGGCGAAUUCAAAUUCUCUCUCAGGUACUCUCUACAAGUGUAAUCUUGAGAAACUCCUUUAUCCUCUCUGAGCCUCAGUUUUCUCAUUUCUAAAUAUGAAUCAAAUGGUUCCUACUUAAAAAGAUUGUCAUAAGAUUAAACAGCAGAUUGAUAUCACACUCUUGGCUUAGUAUCUAGCACAUAGUUAGUGCUCAGUAAAAGCUAAAACGGUGGAUGAUGGUGACGGUGCUGGUGAUGGUAGCGAUUAUGCAGCCAGGUGUAGGGCGAUCAAUGGUAUUUAGGGGUGAGAAUAGAAAGAGAUUAGUGCCCGCUGGAACUGUUUAGUGACUCCUCUCUGGGACCGAAUGGGAUGAAAAUGGGUGGGAAGAGGAAUCAAAUUGCGGACACUAAGAGUUCAUACAAAGGACAGUGUUCCAGGAAGCACAAAAUGAGAAGUAAAACUGAUGGAGUUCUUUUUUAGCUUUGUACUAUGAAAACUUUCCAACCUACAAAAAUGUAGAAAGAAUACUCAAACCCAUUGCCAUUGUGUCCAUUCUGACUCAUAGCGGCCCUAUAGGACAGAAUAGAACUGCCCCAUAGGGUUUUCAAGGAGCGGCUGGUGGAUUUGAACUGCUGACCUUUUUGUUAGCAGCCAAGCUCUUAACCACUGUGCCACCAGGGUUCUGUAGAAAGAAUAGCCACUAUACGUUCAUCACCUAGAUUCAACCAUGAUUAAUAUCAUGUCUUAAUUGCUUCAUAUGUGUGUAUAUAUUGCUGAUGUAUGUCAUUGUUAAGUACCUUGGAGUUGUUUCCAACUCAUAGCAAUCCUAUGUACAACAGAACGAAACACUGCCAAGUUGUGAAAAGGUUUGCUGAUGUAUACAUAUAUAAUUAUUUUGAAAUGCUCAAAAUAUCUCCCAAGAAAGACAGAAAGGGAGGGUGUGGGAGAGGGCACAGGAAGAAGGAUGUAGACAUUCAUUUCAAAAUAAUUUAGGGAAAUCCUAGAUGCCUUCUAAUGUUUAAUGAAGCUAGUACUCCUGACCUGUGGUCUUGCGGCUGCUAUGCAGCCCGAGGAGGGAGUGCAGAAGUGGCAGAAAAAGCAUUUGAUCAGUGACACCACCUUGAAUUCUCCUUCUACGGUUCCAAGCAGUAACCAUAAUGGAGGAGAAAGUGUGCCUAAUAGAAGGAAACAACCUAACUGAGAUCUGUCCUUACAACAUCAUGAAGUAUGCCUCCAGCCUGAAGGCCUGGCAGAGGGUGAGAAGCCAAGGCCCCCCUGAGACACUAGUGCGCACAGAGACCAGAAACACAGAAGUAAACCGAGCCCAGAUGGGGAGGUACCUGCUGGAGGAUCUUCCCACGGAAGCUGUAGUGAAGGUCACCGUGGUAGGGCUGCAGAAGCAGGACGAGGGGCUGUACCAGUGUGUGAUCGACUUCUCUCCGCAGGAUCCCGUCAUCUUGCAUGAUCGGAUUCAGCUGGUUCACUGUGAUGGUGAGGCAGCCUCCUAAGAUGUUCUCAGCACAAGGCAAAUCCUGAGAAAAAACAGCUUCAUUCUUUCAGCUGACGGAUUUUCCUUCCUCCUCUAUUGUGGACUGAAUUACUUCCACCAGAAAUACAUGUUGUAAAUUCUAACCCCUAUACUUGUGGAUAUAAACCCAUUUGGGAAUAGGGCUUUUCUUUGUUAGGUUAAUGAAGCCAUACCUAUGUAGGGUAUAUCUUUAAACCAAUCACUUCUGAGAUGUAAAAGAAGCAGUGGAGGAACAGAAGAAAGGAAGCACAGAUAGGGGAAGAUAGAUGCCAAGCCACAUGAAGAUGCCCAAGACACCCAGGAACAGAAGCUGAAAAGAGGCAAGAAUUUCCCCCAGAGUCAACAGAGAGAGAAAGCCUUCCCUUAGGCUCAUGCCCUGAAUUCUCUUCUAGCCUAAUAAAUUGUGAGAAAAUAAAUUUCUGUUUGUUAAAGCCUCUCACUUGUAGUAUUUCUGUUACAGUAGUACUAGGAAGCUAAGACAUUCCCUAAUAAGAGUUCAUAUUUUACUUUCCGUUCAGUGGUAAAUAAACCCUUUAAACUCGUUUUGUGAGAUUUCCGCCAACCCCUUUCUGACCCAGAGAGAGGAAAAUGGUCUUCACCUGUCUUAGUCUGGAAGCUCCGCUGACGCCUGUCCACCAUGGGUGACC